AUGCCGGAAAAGAUCUCUGUGCUGUUUGUCUGCCUUGGCAACAUCUGCCGCUCCACCAUGUCUGAGGCUGGCUACCACACCGGCGAGGACCCCGACAGCCGGACCAUGUCCACUCUCCAUGACCAUGGCAUCACUGAUUACCAGCACUCUGCCCGCCAGGUCACCUACAACGACUUCGACCGUUUCGACUACAUCUUCGCCAUGGACCGCUCCAACCUGGAGGACCUGCUGGACAUGAAGCGACGCCGCAAGCCCAACAGCAAGGCCAAGGUCAUGCUGUUCGGCGAGUACUCUGGCACCGGCAAGGCUGAGGUCAUCCAGGACCCAUACUACGGCGGCAGGUCUGGAUUCGAGAAGGCGUAUGAGCAGGCUGUUCGGUUUUCCAUCAACUUUUUGAAGGAUGUGUUCCCUGAUGUGACGCCGCCUAGCCAGCUUUGA